AAUUGUUUUUCGUCGAGUUUAAUAGUUGCCGGUUAACGGGGCUGUUGAAAUAUGGCGUUGUCUGGACUUGGUGUAUUUGCUUAGCGAUUCUUUCCGCCUUACAAUAGCACGCGGCGGCGGGUUUAUCACAAGGAGCCCAAAUGACCCGGUAAGAAAGCGAGGUUGAGUGUCUGUGCGUGCUUGCACGAAUGGUCUGUUCCCGUGAUACUAGAACAACAACAGGGCCCGAUCUUCUGUCAAACGUUAAUCAUUGAUAUGUUGUGAAAAGGCUUACUGGAGCUACUACAGUACGGAAAUCUUACAUACAAUGGCUUAGUGGCUAUAUGUGAUGAUUGUGGGAGCGAACCGAUAGUAACAAUAAAAAAAAACUUUACUUAUAGAUUUAGAAAAUGGUAAUCGUUGCCUUAACUCAGAUUUCGAAGAUCAGUGCAGCACAGUCUAAUAUUAUUUUAAUCCAAGUACUGUACUGAUCCCCUAAAGCGUUCUGUAUACGCCCAUUUACUGCUAUAUAUAAUAUGCUAUAAAAAUUAUAUGAGUGAGAAACCCUAAACCAUACUUUAAUUAAUGAUUUGUCACUAAACUAAACCAUGCUAUACGGCCCGUGUCCCUCAGUGAACAUAUCCAACCCAGAUGAGUAUGGCGGUGGUGUCAGACGUGCACGAAACGGCAGCCAUCGACGAUAAGAUGAGAGGAAAUUGUGGUUUGAACGUUAGUCGUCUCUGAAGUGUACUGUAGACCUGUGUAUAACUAACGUAUAGCCAUGUCUCUUAUUAUAUAACGUUAUACACUUACUGCAGAUGAGUAUGGCGGUGAUGACAGACGUGCACGAGGCCGCGGCGAUAGGCGAUAACGACACGCUGGAAGAGAUGGUGGAGAGCGGGCGGGACAUCAACGUGAAGGAUCCGGAGUGGGACGACAGGACGCCGCUACACUGGGCCGCAUAUAAAGGGCACGGCGAGAGCGUGCGGCUGCUGCUGGACAGCGGGGCCAAGCCCUACAUGCGGACCACCACGGGGUGGACGCCGGCGCACUUCGCGGCGGAGAUGGGCCGCCUCAGCAUCCUGCGCGUCCUGCACUCCAUGAACGCGCCCGUCGACAAGAAGGACCAGUUCGGGGACACGCCGCUACGACUGGCCGAGAUAUACGGGCACAAGGAGUGCGUCACUUUUCUGCAGAGUGCUACUCAGGAAGUUGCAGAGAAGCACCGGCAGGCGAUCAGGAAAGGCCUGUCAAUCAUCGAGGAGGAUGACGAGGAGUGGAUGGCGACUCAGAAGAAAAAGGGGAGGAGCCAAAACUCGCUAGACGACGACAGGUCAUUGGACAGUUUUAGGAGAUAGCUAGCCUCCACCAGGCCUUCCUACGGGUUUACGGAUCAUAGAUUUUGGUAAAAAGGGAACUAGUUGGCUAGGAUAGCGGACAAAUGAACUCUACGCUGGCAAAACUCCCCUAGUCAAUUAUUCUCCCUAUUGGCUAAAUUUUCCUUCCUUUUAACCCGCGUUGUUAGUCUGGUGGUGACUAUAGGAGAUAGCCGUCAUCUGUGAAUAAUUUCAUCUGUUUGCAAGAGACUGUGUACAUAAGAACUGAAGGUUCUUAACAACCGGUGGGUUUUCACAUCCGACGUGAAUGACUUCAUCAGGUUGGCCAGAGACUGUAUUAGAGGGUUCUUCAUUCAACAUACAACCAGUGGGUUUUCACAUCCAACAGUCUACACCUUCUUCAGGGCAAUAAUUGAAUGACUGUUCCUGAUUCGUACAGCAGUUAGGUGUUGCUGUGUUACAAAGAUAACCUUUAGUCGGACAACUUUGCUUUUAUGCAUCUAUGAUGAGGAAUAAGUUUUACUUACUAAAUUACUUUCAAUAUGCUUUUAAUAUGUGUAGUAUGUUAAACCCUAGAAUAUAUUUAACUAGAGAACGUAUGAUGAGAAGAGACAAAAAAGUGUGUCCAUGAAAUGAUCACAAGGAUUCAGGCUAUUAAUAUGUGCCUUAACUUAUAUGUCCCAUUGAAAUGUACAUGUAUUCAUUAUGUAUUAUAUAUGUUAUGCAAUUAGAUUUCUAAACUGUCAUCUGUGCAUAUAUGUGGUGCUAGGAUCCAGAACAUCAAGUUUCAAUAUGAUUGUAUUGUAUAUAAUGUCUUUGAUGUUCAUGGCAAGUAUGUUUGCACAUUUACUAGAAUGGAGUCAUUCUUUGCCUAAAAUAUCGUACCUGUCCAGCUUCCUUGUCACUGCAUUGUAUUGUAUUAUGUCAAUUUGUAAAUAAGACCCAAUUAUAUACAUAUUGUGUACUUAGUAGUCGAACGAGUGUUCUAGCCAGAGUCCAUUUAUCCAUCAUUUGACAGAAUAUUGCAAAACAAAGAUACCACAAAUAUACAUGUAGAUUCAUUUACAGUAACCAGGAGUCCUGACUUGUUCUUUAAUGGGGGAAUCUGUGUCUCUUUCCUGUUGAUAGCCUGGGUGUCAGCCCUUUUCGUUAGAGAGUGAUAAUAUCACAGAAGCCCUAGUCGGCUUUCCUUAGCCUCUACCAGGCUUGAGG